AUGGGAAGUUGGAAUAACACAAAUGUACCCGGCUUCAUUCUUAUGGGAUUGGCAGACUGUGAAGAGAUCCGGCGGGUCCUCUUUAUGCUGUUUCUCCUUACAUACCUGAUUACUCUGCUGGGAAAUGCAGGGAUGAUACUGAUAAUUUUCCUGAAUCUCCAGCUUCACACCCCUAUGUAUUUUUUCCUCAGUCAGCUCUCGUUCCUUGACCUCAGUUACUCAACAGUCAUCACACCUAAAACCUUAGAGAACUUAUUGACUUCAAACAAGUAUAUUUCAUUCAUGGGCUGCUUCACACAGAUGUACUUUUUUGUCUUCUUGGGUGUCACUGAGUUUUACCUUUUGACUUCAAUGGCCUACGAUCGCUAUGUAGCUAUCUGCAAUCCUCUUCAAUACCCAGUUGUUAUGUCUGUAAGAUUCUGCUGUGCCCUUGUCACUGUGGCCUACAUGACUGGCUUUACUAACUCCUUGGUCAAUGUUCUUUUCAUGAACACUUUGCAUUUCUGCAGCUCCAAUGUAAUCCAUCACUUUUUUUGUGACACAACGCCAGUUUUAGCCCUGUCCUGCACUGACACUCAUGAUACUGAAAUCAUGAUAUUCAUUCUCUUUGGCUUUACUGUAAUGGUAUCUCUUCUCACAAUCUCUGUGUCCUAUGUGUCCAUUCUCUCUACCAUCCUGAAAAUCAAUUCUGCUUCAGGAAAGCACAAAGCCUUCUCUACUUGUGCAUCUCACCUCCUGGGAGUCACCAUCUUUUACAGCACUACAAUUUUUACUUAUUUGAAACCAAAGAAAUCCUACUCCUUGGGAAAGGAUCAAGUGGCCUCUGUGUUUUAUACAAUGAUGAUCCCCAUGCUGAAUCCAAUCAUUUAUAGUCUUAGGAACAAAGAAGUGAAAAAUGCUCUGAUUAGAGUCAUGCAGAAGAGAGAGGGCUCCAGGCAAUUGAAAUGA